AUGAAAGGUCUAGAGAGAAAGGAUUCCUCGCUGCCACGUGAAUCUAUGCUUAAGAUCUUGGUACUCGAUAAGCUGGGCGAUGGCUGGCUUGGGCAAUGGCGAAGGAAUUUCAAGGCCCUGGAAAUCCCGUACCUCCGUUCGCCCAUGUUCUUCCAUACUGACCCAUCAGAUUUAGACGGCCUUCUUGAGUAUGCUGUACAGACACAGCGAGACAAGUCCGCGCCACAUACCAUCAUUUGGGAUUUACUUACAGGCCAAUCUAUGAUGCAUCGAAAGAAGGGCCAGGGCCGCCAAGAGGGUCACCCUGAUCUGCUUGAAGUUCCCGGAGUUGUUGGCAAGGAGAUUAGCAAGCAUAAAUGGAAGCAAAGCAAGUAUCGAAAGCAUGCAAACCUGGUUACUGCUUUGGGUCCUAUUGUAAAUGAACGUGAUCGACGUGACUAUCAAAACCCUUCUACAAAAUUAUUCCAUGACUUUACGGACUACAUAGUGGAUCGCUACCACAUCCAUCCACCAAGAGAUGAAAAGGGCGAAGUCCUCUCUCUAUCGAACUGGCUUGCUGACGAUAAUGCAAAAUUGCUUCCUACUGCAACCUUGCUUCGAGGUGAAAUCCAAGAUAUGGACUAUGGCCGUCUUCAGGUCCAACACAUUGACGGCUCUCAGGAGGAUGUUAAUGCAUUCUCGAUUAAAACCAGAGACCAAUGCCAUAUUGCAGCUAGGUACGUUGUGUCUGCUGUUGGUUAUGGUGGACGUCCAUCUAUCCCUCCCUGGCUUAUGCAUGCUGAAUGUGCAAUGCAGAAAAAAGGGAUUGUUGACUUUGUCGACCUCUGUGCUCAAGGAGAGGAUGAAAGUAAUUCAAGUGACUCCGACAGCGACCAGUCGCAUCACAGUGCAGGCAGCACGAUAACAAAUCCUUCCUCUGAGGAAGCUGUGGACGAUGAUAAGGGAGCUGGUAUGCAAGCGAGCUCGGCUAGCUACGGCGAAGGUUGGGCACAUUCCUCAGCAAUAUGCACAGGUACAUUUGCCUUCCCGCAAGGGAUGUUGGCACAUCGCGUUCAAAGUGGACAAACCACGACAGUCCUUGUUGUUGGCGGUGGCUUAUCAUCCGCCCAAAUUUGUGACCUAUGUAUUCGACGUGGUAUCACCAAAGUGAUAUUCCUACUCCGUGGAUUUUUUAAGGUCAAACCGUUUGAUUUCAGCAUUGAUUGGGUGGGAAAGUAUGCGAACAUCAACAAAAUGUCCUUUUGGCAAACCGAUGAUGCAGAGGGUCGCAUGCAGAUGAUUGAUGAAGGCCGCAAUGGCGGUAGCAUCAACCCCCCCUAUGCACGCGUUUUACAGCAACAUGCCAAGAAUGGCAGGCUAGAAAUCCGAACGCAUACCGAGGUCGAGAAAGCCUUAUGGGACAACGUUGCACAGAAGUGGAAGCUUACUGUCCGACGUCAGGAGUACGUGGGUACGGAAAACCAGUUUAUGAACAACCCACAGAAGCCAGGGACUAUUGAGGCAUGCGAAGUGGAUUAUAUUAUCUCGGCCACUGGUUCCCAGCUGGGCUUCGGCACAUUGCCCUUUAUGCAAAGGCUGUCGAGCAAGAUGCAUGUACCUGAAAUUCGUGGGAUCCCGAUUGUUAAUGAGGACCUGCAAUAUGGGACACUACCUCUCUAUGUUAUCGGGUCCUACUCAGCGUUGCAAAUUGGCCCUACAGCUUUUAAUUUGGGUGGUAUUCGGGAGGCAGCUGACCGUGUUGUCAUGAAGAUCCGUGAUAUGGAAGAAGGCUGUGAAUGUGCGCACGAGGAAACAGACGAUGAAGGCUCCAUCGGUCAAUACGCACACUUUUUAUAUCAUCACCUCUCCUUAGAUUCUGCGGAAUAA